AUGGAUAAUUUCUGCCGUCUUUGUCGUCGAAACGGAGAUUUCGAGUCGGUGUCCAUUCUCGACUCGUCUCACGGUGGGGAGAUAAUUGCUGUAAUUAUGCAAAAUUGCCUUCAGCUUCAGAUAGUGCCGGAUGAUGGCUUGCCCCAGCAAAUUUGCAAUCUCUGCCAGGCGCAGCUGGAAAUGUUCUAUUUGCUGCGCAAGAUAAGCUUCAACUCGGAACGUUACUUCCAGCAAUUGCUUCAGCAAAAUAAACAAAAUUCUCCGCCAAUGAAUAAUAUCGCCCAAGGGAUGCAACAUAGUCGAGAAUUAGACGAUUUCAUCGAUGUUGAUACAGCACAGCAAAUGAAUUUACCAGAAGUUAAAAGUGAACCUGCUGAUUUCAUCCAUGAGCCGCAAUCACAGCUGUCAUUCUCAGUCAACAGCAGUUAUCUACAUCAGGAAAUUGACCAUACGGAAGUUAAAGUUGAACCCACCGAAAUCAAUGAGGAACCAGUGCAUUAUCAGCCGUCGUUUGAAGAAGUUUGCGAAACACAUCAGAAACCAGAGUCAGCUCUUGCCUCAAACAGUAAUACCUGGGGCCGAGUAGAAAUGAACAUGCCACAAGGCAAGCAUCAACCACAGGAGCGCUAUUCAUGUGCCGAAUGCGGUUAUCACUCGCAAUAUAAAGCCAACCUGUACCGCCAUAUUAGGCUUCGACAGCACAGCAUGUUGCACACAUCUUCGCAGCAAAAAGAUAUCCUGAAAAUACGUCAAAGAAGAAGACUCACACUGGAUGAAAUACUGGCCAAUAGUAACGCAAGCGAAAUGAAAGUUUAUACUUGCAAUGUCUGUGGUUAUACGACUGCGUUCAAAGGAAACGCAGAUCGACACCAACGCAGUCAAAACCAUCACGGAAUUGACGUCAGUAUCUAUGGGAGAAACCGUUCCAAAAUUGACUGCCUGAUGAGUCAACGAUUAAAAUACGCACCCGAUGGUAACUACCAGCCCACUAUAAGCACAAACCCGCAUGCGAUGCAUCCGCAAGCCGAAUCGUCCAACCAACAGCAACAUUGCUUGAAUCAAGCAGAACGUGAGCUGCUGCAGGAAAUUAGGGAGGAAUUCAUGAAAAUAAACGCCUGUAAUAGCAGCGGAAUGGAUUUGUUCGAAUAG